AACAAAGCCCCAGAGAGAGUACAUAGAAAUGAAUAUGAUCCCACACAACCCACUAAGGCCUCAGCUCAUCGUCCUCGCCUCCCUAAAGCUAGACACGGACAGAAUUUCUUUCUCAUGCCUUCUCUUCUCUUUACCCACUGAUCUGAUUCCCUUUUUUCCUCUCUCUUCACCACCUUAUAGUAUGCUCCCUCUCUAUCUUUCACUUAACCUCUUUCUCUCUCCAUAGAUAACAUAUCAUUUGCAUUCUCCUUUCUUUUCCUCUUCCUCUUCUUCUUCUGGGAUUGUAAAGAAGCAGCAGCAGCAGAUUAUGUUUGGUUCUUUGCUUCUUGAUUGACUGAUUUCAUAAGUAUUAUUGACGCUGCCUAUUUCAUAACGGGGAUGCAAGAUGUGAUAUAACUUGUUGCAAUUGUUCAAUUCUGACAAGGAGAAAAUGAUGAUGCAAGGAGAUUUUGAUCUGAAUCCGGUUCAAAUAUGUACAGAUUCACUUAAAGAAGUUCUAAAGCAGACAAUGUUCAAUCAGGAUUUUGUAUUUAGGAAUCAGGUCCAUGAACUCCAUCGGCUAUACAGAGUACAGGAAUCAUUAAUGAAGGAUUUUGGUUGGAAAAAGUGUAAUACAUACAAUUCAUUGAAUCCAAAAGCUCAGUCGUCUCUUGCAAAUCCAACAAGAUAUGAACCACCAGCAAAAGAAACUAGAUUCUCCUCAACUGCCAAGGUGGAUUCAAAACCUUUCAUAAGCCAGGAGUUGAUAAAGGAUUGCCAAGGUACAUAUCAUAAGCUACAGCACAGACCUCUAGAUCUUCGACUUUCUGCUGAUGAAUUCAUUAACCAUGUUGAGGAGGAUUUUCGAAAGAAAGGGAAUUUUUACAAUUGUUUAGAUGGUCUUAGAGACUUUAAGCUUCCCCUUUCUGAUGGUAACUCUUCAGAUGCAGAGGAAUUGAAGCUUUCCCUUAGCAUUGGAAGGAAUGAUAGAAAAAUGGGAAGUACAAUAAGAACUUGUUUCAAUUGGAAAACUUAUUCCUCCUCUCAAAAUGUGAUUGAUUUGGAAGAAUCAGUGGAGGGGAUACCAAAUGGGUAUGCAAAUUGCCCACCACCUCUUGGCUGUUCCUUUCUGGAAACUCAUUCUAAAGGCAAGCAUGAAUUUCAAGGAUAUAUUGUCUCUAAUCCAAUAAUUUCAACCAGUAUGGAGAAGGAUCUAUCUCAUGAGAUUGCAGAAAGUAGCUCUAUUCAAGAACAAAGUGAAUGUUGUCAAGACCAGACCUUUUCUGGUGAAGGUAUCUUCAAAUUAGCUGUACAAAAAUGGUUACAGAUUUAUGGGCAUGAAUUUGCGAUUCUGGAUUUUGAUCUUGUGAAAUUUAAGAAUCUGCUUAGCUAUAGUGAUUAGAUUUUUUUUUUUUUUUUUCUAUUGGUCUCUUAUGCAGGUUUUAGAGACUUCCAUGAUGAUGUCCCACUUGAUGAUCUUUCCACUAAAAUGCAACAGUUUUCAGAUCUAGGAGGGCGGUUGAACCUCAACAAAGUUCACCUGGAUGACUCAUCCUGUUGCUCAGAUGAUCGCAUGCUUGCCUGUCCUUCAACAGCAGGCUCAGAAAGUGGUCCUGAAGGAUUUACUGGCAGCAUGCAGGAUGGAACUUGUGCAAGCACAUUUCAGAUAAAAGAAGCCACUGAGCGCUCAAAUGAAGCUUCUGACUUGUUUAAACAAGAUAAUGUGACAAAUCUUGCUCUUGUGGAUUUCAAUAGAAAAAAUAAGAGCAGAGAUGUUUGGACCAGAAAUACUGGAAUAAAUAGUAGUGUAGAGAGCCUUGUUGGUCCAGAAUCCAUGCUUAGCCCCCCAGUAGGCAUUUCUGAAGAACUUGGUUGCUACAGUGGAGAUCAAAAGAGUGACAGUGUUGAGCUGAAGCCAAAACUUGCUAGAGAAGUGAGUUGCGAGAAGAGUGAGGUAGAGAAUUCUCCUUUUUCAUGUGCUGAUCAAAGUCAAAAUACAUUGCUAGAAGAACAUGGCAACAAAUCUCCUGCUUCCUGGCAGUCCUACUGCAUCUCUGAUAAUGAUUCAAGCAGUGCAAAUAGAAAACAUUCUGGCAUUGCAUCCCACUUAGGAUCUCAACUUAUUGAUGCCUUAAUGUGUGAGCAUGAUGAGAGAAUUUCUGACAGCAGCGACUUAAAAAAUAGCUGCUGCAAGAAGAAAGAAGAAUCAGCUCAAGUAGAUGUUUUUAUCCAACAAGCAGCUAAAUUGCUCAUCCAUAUAUCCUCAGAGCAUUCUGCUUGUAAUCAGGAUUCUUGUACAAGAGUGGGAUCCAAGGUUAUGGAAGAUGGCAAGAGGGAGCGACCACAGUGUUCUUUCGAUUCUUUUGAGUUGAUUAAUUUAAAUCUAACAGAAAGCUAUGUGGAUGACAAUUCUGUGUCAUCAAAACCAUUUGAAGUAAAUGACAUGGAGUUAAAGGAUUUGGGGUCUAAGUUGAGAAGGGGAAGGAGAAUGAAAGAUUUCCAGAGGGAGAUACUUCCCAGUCUUGCAUCUCUUUCUAGACAUGAAAUUCUUGAAGAUAUAAACAUUAUGGAGGGAGUUUUAAGAUCCAGAGAAUACCGAAAAUUCAGAGCCAAGAUGGCAGUUCACGGAGAGAACUGUUCUGCACCAGUGAGAAGUAGAAGGUCAAGACUUAGUUAUGCCGGAAGAAGAAAAUUUUCAUAAAUUUCAAUUAGAAGUUGAUAAUAGCAUUUUAACUGAAGAUAAAUCCAUUAUGGUUCUGUAUACCAUCAUUGCAAAUAUUGUUUGGUGUGAUUCCGAGCUUUAGAAAUUAGAAUCAAUUCCUUUCAGAAAGAUGAUGGAUCUUCUAUCCUUGUUUUCAUUCUAGCUGGAGCAGUCUUUUCAUGUCCACCGCUUAUUUUUCUGCUGUGCUUGGAUCAUGGAUGUUGCAAUUGCAAUUUAUUAAGCAAUAAAAAAGACACAGAAUCACCUACUCUGAA